AUGACUGGCACACGCUUACAAAAACACGCAAGUUUUAUGCUUGCUCUAUUUUAUUUUUUUAAAAUUGGAAAUGGAAUAGUAAACUGUUCAUGCCACCAAGAAGUAAAUAAAGAUGGUUAUCCUCUUCCUAUGUAUUUUAAUUAUAAUAUGAAUAUCAAAUUUUUAUUUGAUUUUUUACAAGCAGAAACUAUGAAUCAAUUUAUAUUUUAUAAUGUAUUAUGUGUAUUACUAGGAUUUCUAUCAAUCUAUAUUAAAAUAAUUAAAAAGGGUGUAACUAAAAUUGAAAAAAAAACAGAGUUAAAAGAAAAUCUUCUUAAUCUUAAUAAAAUGUGUGCAUAUUGGAGAUUUAACUACACACUUUUAACAUUUAUUAAUUAUACAGUUGAUUAUUUAUUAAUGUUAAUUAGAUAUGAUAUUAUAAUAGUUGAACUAUUUAAGCUCGAUAAUAUUGACAAGUGUAAAAUUAAAAAAUCUAUAAUAAAAAAAUAUAAACAACUUUUUGAAAAUAAUAAUACGAUGAAGUUUUAUAAAGGAAUAAAAACUUUAGUAUAUGAAAAAAAUAUAAUAAUUCAAUAUAUGGAAUAUUAUAAAAAACUAAACAAACAAUAUUUCCAAGAUUUAAAAGAAAUACAAGACUCAAACGAUGUGUUAAAACACAAAUUAAACAACUUAAUCAAAAUAAUAUAA